AUGGCUACAGCUACCGUCAGCAUGCUUGCUAGCUUGAAAAUGAGUGAUUUAGAGGAUCCCGAGCUGGAGGAAGAGCUUCAGGCUGCUGACGAACUCCUUCAAGAUAUGCAGAAUGAUGCACAGAGUGAACCUCAGCCAAGACCAGUGCACUGGAAAAAACGUGACAGACAGGGAGCUUUUAUUCCUCAAAGACCAUCAACCAGUCGAAGUACUAGUUGCAUGCCACGUGUGUCCAGAGAGCAGCAUCAAUGUCCACGUGAAGAACCUAGUUAUGUUGCCAGUGUCAACCCAACAAAAGUGUAUGGAACUGAGGUGCUUCGUCAGGAGCUCCUUCAGUUGUUGGAGGAUGGAGAAGAGGACGCAGCCAUGACUUGUGAGACGUCGUGUGAGUCAGCUGCUACUCACUGGGCGAUCAGAAAUAUGGUGUCCUCGCAAAAGUGGAAAGAGGCCAGGCCUUGUCUUAUAGACAAUAUGUUAGCUACUCUGGAUCCACAGUCACACCGUGUGUGUCAGUGUGGCAAACAAGUAGUUGUGAGGUGUCUGGACUGCCUGCCUCUUCCAUUCCUUUGUGCUGACUGUGAUAUUGCAGUUCACACACGCUUUGUCCUGCACAACAGAGAGGCAGUAACAGGAGGGUUUUUGCAGCCUUCAUCAGAGUUUCACAAGCCAAUAGUUCGGCUGUUGCCUGUGCAAAGGCCAGACCAUGUGUGUGACUGCCCAGCAGGUAACGUUGAGGUUUCACCCGGCGCAAUUGUGGCUCUUGUAACCAUAAAUGGCCGUUAUAACCUUGCACUGCCAGUGGUGAGCUGCACCAGCUGUGGCCUAAUGUGGUCCCCCUCAGUUAAGGACAUCCUGGGUAGUGGAUAUUGGCCUGGCACCUUAAAUUUCUGCACCCUGUUUUCAAUGGAUGUCUUUCAGUCUUUCUAUGACAUUAAGAAGGCUGCACCAGGGAUGUCACUUAAGGCAUUUGUCAAAAUGCUGGAUGAACGAACAGCCCAUUUUGGAAGGAAUGGCCGAAUAUCAGCUGAUGCCUUCAGUAAAAGUUUCUUGGAGUGGAGUGCUGUAAAGUUUGAGGUGGACAGGAUGUGCAAGGAGCCAUGCUUUAGCUGCCCUGCCUGCACUCCAGACAUGCUUGCCGUCUCAGUUGAUGGAAACCGCAAGCUUUAUCGCUUUCAGUCUAAUGCAAGCACUUCAGAGCAGGGGAACUUUGAAGGUGUCUUCAUUGAAAAAGAUGAGAAAGUUGCUGAGUUUGUGAAAUACAUCCAGAGACACACAAAUCAUGUCCCGGGGAAAGGGUUGUGCGGAUCUUCAUCUUGGACUGCAGCAAAGGAGUCGUCCAAAAAGUCCACUGGGAAGUUGGAUGAGGAGGGCAUGGAAAUAGCUGUUUGUCGCCACGGAGUCCUCUUAGCUGCAUUGAACAUGUUUCGAGGGGAGAUCUUUGCUUACCCCCUUUUUCUCCAGAGGAAGUUGGCAGCUAGCAUCCCAGGACAUAUUACGUUCCUUUGCUCCGAUGUGGCCUGUAAAUAUUUCCCCUAUUUAACCAAGGUGGCUCAGCAGUGCCCUGAGCUGAGGAACCUCUUGUCAAUGCGUCCUUUUCUCUCCGUCAUGCAUGCAAAGGCUCACACUUGGAAAUGCGAGAUCAAAUGGGGAGGUGCGUUUCAGGAUGGGGCCGGUUCAACAGUUGGAGAAGAGGUGGAACAAGUAAACAGUUUCCUGUCUAGGGCGGCCAUCACAACGAAGUACAUGUCUAAAGCAGGGCGAACAGACAUGCUGACCCUCCUGGCUUUGGGGUGGAACAAAAGGAAAGUGGAACAACUGGGCCGCACUUUGAGCCAGCGAUAUCUAAAGAUCAUAAGGAUCCUUAGAGAACAAGUGGAGAGCCUGAAUGCGACCAGAAAUGAGCUGGGUGUGGAUGACGACACACUGCAGCAAUGGGCUGAAGAUAGCAACAAGAGGCGACACAGAAUUCGCAAGGUCAUCUUAGUUGAGAAGAAACGCUUGGCGGCUGCUGUUGACGACUACAACAAGCUCGCUGAACCAACAAAGCAAAUCAUAUCCAGUGAUGCCCUCAUGUAG